AUGACCAAGUAUGCUAAGUUCUUAAAGGAAGUCCUCUCUAACAAGAGGAAGCUUGAGGAAGUGUUAAUGGUGCAACUGUUAGAGAAGAGCUCAACGAUCAUUCAAAGGAGAUUACCAAAGAAGCUAAAAGACCUAGGAAGUUUCAGUAUUUCUUAUUUUAUUGGUAACCUAAAUGUUGAUAGUGCAUUAGAUAAUUUAGGGGCCAAUAUGGAUGAGGAUGUCGAUGUUCCCCUUAUCCUCGGUAGACCGUUUCUUGCUACAGCUAGAGCCAUUAUUGAUGUUCAUGAUGAUAAGCUCAUUCUUAGGGUAAGGGAUGAACAAUUGACCUUUCAAACCCUUAAUGAUAUGAAACACCCACUUGCACUUGAUUAUAUGGAUUCUAGUGAUGAUAUGAUAAAGUAUGAAAUUGUCAAUUUUAUUUCAUCUAUUGUUGCUAAAGAUCCUAUUAAGUUGUGUCUUGUGUAG